GAAAUUCGCUGCCCUAAACUUCCGUCCGUCAAGUACGCAACAGUGGUUCCAAGUAUCUGUGGCGACCAGUCAAUGAAAUUUUACUCAUCCUGCACAUUUUUAUGUCCCGAUGGCUUUACUACGGAAGUUACUGCACCCCACAUAGCUUCGAGAGUUCUAACGUGUCAGCUCAAUGGCGCAUGGGACGCUCAAGUUCCUCAAUGCCAUGGCAAGCGUUUUCCGCUUUUUGUUUGAGGUUUUUGCUAAAAUUAGAGGGAUUUUCGUAUGACCUUGAAAUGAAAACGAGAGAACAAAACAGAAACAACAAACUAUCGAAAGUAGAGCGAUUUGGUUGGUUUAUCGAACGGAUAAAAACGCGCUUGGCCUUUUGUUGGUUAAGCGAACGCUCGGGUCAGAAAAACCUCAUGCCCGAGAACUUCUAGAAAUCAACAGAUACUUCGCUUUAACGUCAUACUGCAACCCUAUUGGCUAAUCUACCAAUGCCUCCUCCAUAUUAGGACUUUCUUUGGCGGGAAAACGAAGAAGCCAUAUUUUGAUUUUUUCAUCCAUUGGCUGAUAAACUAAAAACAGAUAACGAACAAUUUCGGAAACCAUUUUUCAAAGUUAUACGAAAAUCGCUCUAUCCAGAGAAAAGCAUACAUUCAUUGGAUAACAAAAUUGGAUAGUACUAUUCAAAUCAGUUAUCCGCGCUUGAAAUUUGAAAGCACAAAUUUCGUCUUUGUUUUAGUUGAUUAUAUAAUCAAUUUUUUCGCUUUUUCAGUAAGAAAUGCUAGAAAUAGUGGAAGGCCAACCUGUUUUACAAAUAGGUCCCCCUUGUAAAUAUGAAAAAAAGGGCUUGAUAUCAAUGGAUUUAAAACUUGCAGCCGGUGCUUCAAACUAUAAAUGGACAUGGACAAUGAAAAUUUAAAAAAAAAUUCAUGUAAUAAACGCUGGCACCAGUUUGAUUCAAACAAGAAAAGGUAAGCAAACAGAACUUCACUUCAAAGAACACAGGGCAAUGACAUGCACCACUAAUUAGUCAAUUUCAAUAAAAGACGUCAUUUUUUUAUGAAAUCAGGAUCAUGAUUAUUUUAGUUCAUGUGACUAUCCGUUAACUUUGAGCAAGUAUAGACUGUGAGGCAGUUUAUCUUUUUCUUCAGAUUUAGGGAGGGUAGUCACGCGCGUGCGAGUGUUAAGCCGCAAAGUAGCGAGAUGCUAGAAAUUAAAGAAGGAAGCCCGAGAAGUCAGUCACGCGCGUGUUUAUUUUCGAAUCUGGCGCGUUUCCCUCAAAUGACUGAGAAAAACAGGUCAAAGUAGGUACUGAUUGUCGUCUACUCUGAGCAAUGCUGUUAAUUGUUUUUAGAAUCUAGGCUGUCAACUUACACUGGUCAAGUAGAGAAUUUAGGACUCAGUAUCCAUUUUAGCCACAUACUUUGUCCUUUGUUUGCAGAAGCGCCUUUUUUUGCAACUAAAUAUAUUUACGAAUUAAAUUUGUCUAAUUUAUAGAUUAUCAGCCCCCAACGAUAACGUGUCCUGACAUAACAGGUCAUACAACCAAAGGAAAAGCGACAGGA